AUGACUGAUGAUGCCAUCCACGCUCUCUUUGAUAAAUACUCUCCAAUUUCAUAUGAUAAUCCACGAUAUGAAAAAGAGAAUGUAUUGGAUUUCUGUAAACUUUUAAUGAAAAAUAAAAAUUCGGCUAAAAGCCUUGUUAAAAGAAAAAAUGGGAGUGAAUGGGACGGCGUCAAGCUCACACUGUCCGUUCAAAAAAGACACUCUUCAGGAUAUAUCGUGAACUUCAUCUAUAAAGGAUUAGACAAGAGUGAGGAAGACGUCAAGGAGUACUUAAAAGGGUAUAACGUGUUGAGUGUCGAGAGAUUAAUUCAAAAAAAAGGAAACUUGAUGAAACACUAUGUGAGUGUGGUUUUUAAAGAUAUUGAGUCCGUCAAUCAGGCCAUACAAGACUUUAAAACUAAUGAAGAGACGAAGAAAUACCGUUUCGGGUUCAUCACAAAAACAGGUGACUUAACAGAAAAUUGUUUUAUAUGUGGAAAAUUCGGACACUUAAAGGAUGAUUGUCCCGAAGCAGAUAAAGCAGUGCCAAAAGUCGAAGAACAGAAAGAAAAGAAGGCUGAUGAUAUUAAGGAAACGCAAGUGCCACAAGUAACAGAACCCAAAGAAAAAAAGAAGAAUGGAGUAAAACGAGAAAAACACGUUACAAUAGAAAAGGCACAGAAAGACAAGAAAGCUGAUAAGAAAAAAGAAAAACAAAACAAAAAGAAGUGA